AUGAAAGGCUUGGGAAGGCUGAUAUCGCAAGCCGCUCGUUGCCGGAGCCAAAGUCGGCUGGUCAAAUCCUACGCGGCGGAGAGCGGAGGUCUCCGAGCUUAUUGCCGCCUUCUAUUCGUUUCUUCUUCUUCGCAAGUAACCUCUGCUUUCUCCAAUUUCACUUCGUUGAAAUCCCCGCAUCUUCCUUCGUCACCGUACUCUGCUACAUGGGCUACUAAUGGAGGGCAGAGGAGGACCAUGUUCAUACAAACACAAUCAACCCCUAAUCCUUUAUCACUGAUGUUCUAUCCCGGAAAGCCAGUUAUGGAGACUGGAAGUGCAGAUUUUCCAAAUGCUCGUUCUGCAAUGAAUUCACCACUUGCUAAGGCCCUAUUUGGAAUUGAUGGGAUUACUCGGGUAUUUUUUGGAUCAGACUUUGUAACCGUGACGAAGUCUGAUGAUGCAUCCUGGGACUUGCUCAAACCUGAAAUAUUUGCAGCAAUCAUGGAUUUCUUUUCAUCUGGGAAGCCUCUGUUUCUGGAUUCCAACACUGCAGCCUCCAUGGACACAGCUAUCCAAGAAGACGAUUCAGAGACGGUUGCGAUGAUCAAGGAACUUCUGGAGACGCGCAUACGACCAGCUGUACAAGAUGAUGGCGGGGACAUUGAAUACAGAGGAUUUGAUGCAGAAACCGGAAUAGUGAAAUUGAGGAUGCAAGGAGCAUGCAGCGGAUGCCCUAGCUCCUCCGUCACCCUGAAAUCUGGCAUUGAAAACAUGCUGAUGCACUAUGUACCCGAAGUUAAAGGCGUGGAGCAGGAAUUUUAUGAAGAUGAAGACCCGUCCCUAACUGGAGCCCCACAUGAGUAAAUUCUCUCAUUUAGGUGCAUCAAUUUUGCAUCCACCAGAGAUAAGACUUUUUCUCUCUUGUGCAGCAGUAAUUGAAUUUUCAAAUGACACUACUUGCAGCUUUGCAGGUUGCUAUGAGCCUAUGACAGUAUAGCUUCCAUAAAUUUUGUUAGCAAUAAUGGUUUGACAGGAUACCUACUUUGUUUUGAGGAUAACAACUCCCAUUUUCUUAUGAGUAACAUUAUGAAUUUCACGUCUGAAGAACAUUAUGAGUUUUACGUUAGAAGAACAUUACAAGUUUCAUGUCUUUAUGAGUUUUAUGUCACGUUAUGAGUUUUACGUCUGAAGAACGUUAUGAGUUUAUAAAUUUGUUUCAUUUGUCGGAA